GCUCGGCCCCGGCCCCGGCCCCGGCUCGGGCUCGAUCCGCUCUGUUCCCGCUCCGCCCGGGCGCGCACCUGCCGGCUGCGGCCCGGGGGGACCAUGCGCCGGCCCACUGGGAGCCUGGCGGCCGGGAGCAUCCUGUAGCGGAGACCGCCAAGGGCUGCGCGGCGGUGCUCGCGGCGCCAUGGAGGCCCCGUAUUCGAUGACAGCACACUACGACGAGUUCCAGGAGGUCAAGUACGUGAGCCGGUGCGGUGGGGGAGGCGCGCGGGGAACGUCGCUGCCCCCCGGCUUCCCGCUGAGUGCGGGGCGCAGCGCCCCCGGGGGCCGGGCCGGGCUGCCGCGCUGGAACCGGCGCGAGGUGUGCCUGCUGUCGGGGCUGGUGUUCGCCGCGGGCCUCUGUGCCAUCCUGGCCGCCAUGCUGGCUCUCAAGUACCUGGGCCCGGGAGCGGCGGGAGGCGCCACCUGCUCCGAGGGCUGCCCGGAGCGAAAGGCCUUCGCGCGCGCCGCCCGCUUCUUGGCCUCCAACCUGGACGCCAGCAUAGACCCGUGCCAGGACUUCUACUCCUUCGCGUGCGGCGGCUGGCUGCGGCGCCACGCCAUCCCGGACGACAAGCUCACCUACGGCACCAUCGCGGCCAUCGGCGAGCAGAACGAGGAGCGCCUGCGGCGCUUGCUGGCGCGGCCCGGGGGUGGGCCCGGCGGCGCAGCCCCGCGCAAGGUGCGCGCUUUCUUCCGCUCCUGCCUGGACAUGCGUGAAAUCGAACGGCUCGGCCCGCGGCCCAUGCUCGAGGUCAUCGAGGACUGCGGGGGCUGGGACCUGGGGGGCGCGGCGGCGCCCUGGGACCUCAACCGGCUGCUGUACAAGGCUCAGGGCGUGUACAGCGCCGCCGCGCUCUUCUCGCUCACCGUCAGUCUGGACGACAGGAACUCCUCGCGCUACGUCAUCCGCAUUGACCAGGAUGGGCUCACCCUGCCCGAGAGGACCCUGUACUUAGCUCAGGAUGAGGAGAGCGAGAAGAUCCUGGCAGCAUACCGCGUGUUCAUGGAGCGCCUGCUCAGCCUCUUGGGCGCUGAGGCUGUGGAAAAGAAGGCCCAGGAGAUCCUGCAGCUAGAGCAGCAGCUGGCCAACAUCACAGGGUCAGAGUAUGAUGACCUCCGGCGAGAUGCUAGCUCCAUAUACAACAAGGUGACACUGGGGCAGCUGCAGAAGAUCACCCCCCAUCUGCGGUGGAAGUGGCUACUGGACCAGAUCUUCCAGGAGGACUUCUCAGAGGAUGAGGAGCUGGUGCUUCUGGCUACAGACUAUAUGCAUCAGGUGUCCCAGCUCAUCCGCUCCACACCCCGCAGGAUCCUACACAACUACCUGGUGUGGCGCGUGGUGGUGGUCCUGAGUGAGCACCUGUCCCCACCGUUCCGAGAGGCCCUGCACGAGCUGGCACGGGAGAUGGAGGGCAGCGACAAGCCACAGGAGCUGGCCCGUGUCUGCCUGGGCCAGGCCAACCGUCACUUUGGCAUGGCGCUCGGUGCCCUCUUUGUACAUGAGCACUUCUCAGCUGCCAGCAAGGCCAAGGUACAGCAGCUGGUAGAAGACAUCAAGUACAUCUUGGGCCAGCGCCUGGAGGAGCUGGACUGGAUGGAUGCUGAGACCAAGGCGGCCGCUCGGGCCAAGCUCCAGUACAUGAUGGUGAUGGUGGGCUACCCGGACUUCCUGCUCAAACCCGAGGCUGUAGACAAGGAGUAUGAGUUUGAGGUCCAUGAGAAGACCUACUUCAAGAACAUCUUGAACAGCAUCCGUUUCAGCAUCCAGCUCUCAGUCAAGAAGAUCCGGCAGGAGGUGGACAAGUCCACGUGGCUCCUCCCCCCACAGGCGCUCAAUGCCUACUAUCUACCCAACAAGAACCAGAUGGUGUUCCCCGCUGGGAUCCUGCAGCCUACACUGUACGACCCUGACUUUCCGCAGUCUCUGAACUACGGGGGCAUCGGUACCAUCAUCGGGCACGAGCUGACCCAUGGCUACGAUGACUGGGGGGGCCAGUAUGACCGCUCGGGCAACCUGCUGCACUGGUGGACAGAGGACUCCCACAGCCGCUUCCUGCGCAAGGCCGAGUGCAUCGUCCACCUCUACGACAACUUCACCGUCUACAACCAGCGGGUGAACGGGAAGCACACACUCGGAGAGAACAUUGCGGACAUGGGCGGCCUCAAGCUUGCCUACUAUGCCUAUCAGAAGUGGGUGCGCGAGCACGGCCCGGAGCACCCGCUGCGCCGGCUCAAGUACACGCACAGUCAGCUCUUCUUCAUCGCCUUUGCCCAGAACUGGUGCGUCAAGCGGAGGUCGCAGUCCAUCCACCUGCAGGUGCUGGCCGACAGGCACGCGCCUGAGCACUACAGGGUGCUGGGCAGCGUGUCCCAGUUCGAGGAGUUCGGCCGGGCCUUCCACUGCCCCAAGGACUCGCCCAUGAACCCUGCCCACAAGUGCUCUGUGUGGUGAGCCUGGCUGCCCGCCCGCACGCCCCUACCUCCCUGCACGAUCUGCCUCUCGCUGGCGGCCGGGGCACGCGUGGACCCGGCUCUGGUCCACUCUGGGCGCCGUCCGCCUCCCCAGCCCCUCCAGGACCCAGCGCCCAAUCACUGUCCCUCGCUUCCGGAGGGACCCAGAACAGGGAUGCAGUUGGGCUCCAGGAGGGCCUGGAGGAGAGACGCUAAGGUCCCCAGACUAGGCUCUUGGGGAGCCAGCCCCCCGCCCAGCUGGAUUGUACAGGCCCCGCCUUCGCUGUGUUCUCGCUGCUAAGUCAGGUCAAUAAAGCUGCUCUACUGUUGCCUCCGCCUCCUCGGGGGCCCCCAGAGCAGGUGGGACUGGAUGAACGCGCGGGGGAGGCUCAGGCCCUUAGCAGAAUGAGACCCUAGAGAAGACCUUUUUGUCCCCUCCUGGCGGCCUCGGCCGGGCGGCCUCUGUCUCACCCCCCCAGCUCCCGUCCUUCCCACCAAGCACCCACUCCGCCCUCCACCA